CUGUUUCCCGUGCCAAGAUGGCGGACCUGUAGACGUGUCGCCACCAAGACUUCGCAAGUCGCACUGCGUCCUGUUUGUCCUGUUCUGUUAUUUUAGGCUCAGCAAUAAAUUGUUAGCGGAUAUUUUUGUGGGCCAACAUCUAACAAAGACACUAGGAAUGUGUAACAGCACCCGGAUGUAGCAGUAAAUAAAUAUUUUUAAGAAAUCGCCGCAGAUUAUAAACAGGAAGUGAAGAGAAGAGAGGAAAAUGAGCGACAGGACAGUCGCUUGCUUCGACCCUAGCURUCAACUGCACAUAGUAGUGGUCCCUGAAGAUGCUCAGCAGUUGGUGGUGAAUAAAGAAAAAGCUGGUGAACAACAGGGUUCUGAUGUAGAACAGCAGGACCCAGAGCCUCUCAAAAUAAAGGAGGAAGAAGAGGAAUUGUGGACCACUCAGGGAGAGCAGCUCAAUGUGAAGAAUGAGACCAAUGCCACGGGGUUUCCUUUCACUCCAGUUUCUGUAAAGAGUGAGGGUGACGAAGAGGAACCCCUGCUCUCUCAUCUUCACCGGCACCAAGUUGACGACCAAGAUUUUCCAACCRUCAGCUCAGACAAUCAAAUAGAAGCAGCUAAUGGAGGAGAGGACUGUGGAGGACCGGGAAUUACCUGGGAUCCAGAUCUGAAGAUUUAUGAAAACAAGUCCAACUCUUCAUGGUCUGAAGGCAGUGAGGAAGAGGGAGAGGAUGAGGAUGGGGACAAUCCAGAAUCUCAGCUGGAGCACUUGUCAGGCCCUGAAUCCACUUCUGAAAACCCUGACAAAGACUGGAAGGAGAACGGGACUUCUGAGUCGGGUGUAAACACUUUUAUCUGCACUGAGUGUGGUGAACCAUUUCCCUACAGCCAAUCUCUGCAGAGACACAUGACCUGUCAGUCACAAGUAAAUUCUUCAAGUUGUUUGGUUACUGAGAAACAUUUUAGAGCUAAGCAAAAUGUAGACUCAUCUAGAAAAAUCCUGAAGUCAUGUAUCUGUGAUGACUGUGGUGAAAGCUWUACCAGAGAACGAAAUCUAUACAAACACACAUUGGUCCACACUGAACAGAAUUUGUUUGAUUGCGACAUUUGUGGACACAGAUUUAACCUAAAACAAGAUUUUAACACGCACAUGAAAAGCCACACAGGGCAGAAAUCCUUUGGUUGUGAUUUUUGUGGACAAAAAUUUCUUAAGAAGUCAAAUCUAAACAUACACAUAAAAGUCCACACUGCACAGAAACCAUAUGGUUGUGAUCUUUGUGGACAAAGAUUUAGUCAAAAGUCUAAUUUAAACACACACAUAAGAGUCCACACAGCACAGAAGCCAUUUGGCUGUAAUCUAUGUGAACAACGGUUUAGUCAGAAGUCAAAUUUAAACACACACAUGAGAGUUCACACGGGACAAAAGCAGUUUAGUUGUGAUGUUUGUGGACGAAGAUUUAGUCAGAAAUCAAAUUUAAACACACACAUGAGAGUUCACACGGGACAGAAGCAGUUUGGUUGUGACGUCUGUGAUCGAAGAUUUAGUCAGAAGUCAAAUUUAAACACACACAUGAGAGUCCACACGGGACAGAAGCAGUUUGGUUGUGAUGUUUGUGGACAAAAAUUUAGUCAAAAGUCCAAUUUAAACAUUCACAUCAAAAUCCACACGGGGCAGAAACCUUUCAGUUGCGAUAUCUGUGAGCACAAUUUUAGCCGAAAGCAAGAUUUAAACACGCACAUGAUGAGUCACACUGGCCAGAAACCAUUCAGUUGUGACUUCUGUGGAAAAAGAUUCAGCCGAAAGACGUAUUUAAACGCCCACGUAAGAAUCCACACGGGACAAAAGCCGUAUGUUUGUGACAUUUGCGAACAAAGGUUUACCCAAAAGUCACUUUUAAACAGACAUAAGAAAACCCACACUGGGGAGAAACCUUUUAGUUGCAAUGUUUGUGGACAGAAAUUUUGUAGAAAGGCAAGCUUAAACACACAUAUGAAAGUCCACACGACAACAUAACCAGUUAGUUGUGAUAUUUGUGGACAAAGAUUUAGCAGAAAGAUCAAUUUAAAGAUGCACAUGAGAAUCCACACAAUACCAGAAAUAAUCUGUGGUCUAUAAAUAAAUAUUUAACAACUCAAAUAGUUUGGAAGCUGAGUGUGGACGACAACACCACUACUAAUCAGUAAAUAAAAUGGCUUGAUCAAAACCUUAAUGUAAUACUUGUGAUCAGCUCCGGACAUCCUAUGUAGUAGUUUUUACUUACAAUAUAUCUGCAUGCAUGUCUGCUUUUUCUGGAAUUCCCAAUUUAAUCUUAAAAACAUGUAUCAAAAUACUCUUCAUACCUCUAAAAAUAUCACUAAGAGUUCCAGGCAUGAUCCCUACUUUAAUAUGAAUUGAGAGGGUGCUGUGCUGCUGCAGCUAAAUAUUACAUGUUGCAAAGAUUUAAAAUGUUAAAAAAUAAAUAAAAUUGGAUUAAAACAUUUCUUUGUUUAAGAAACCGCAAUCUGUUGUCUUAGACAUUUCAAUGUGCAAAAAAGUAUUUUAGUUUAGUCUAUUCUAACUUUUUUAAUGAGAGAACAUUUUUUUCAUUCAUUAGCACUUUUAUUU